UAAAGUUAGCCCCCUUGAGCUAAUAUAUAAGGCCCCAAGGGGCCAAUACAUACAGAUCACAGUCACAUCAGCUUGGCGUAGGCUUCUCUUCUUGACCACUAACAACCCCACAAACUUGAGAGAUGGCACCCAAGAAGGCCAAGAGGAGGCAGCAGCAGGGUGAGGGUGGAUCCUCCAACGUGUUCUCCAUGUUUGAGCAGAGCCAGAUCCAGGAGUACAAGGAGGCUUUCACAAUCAUCGACCAAAACAGAGAUGGCAUCAUCAGCAAGGACGACCUUAGGGACGUGCUGGCCACCAUGGGCCAGCUGAAUGUGAAGAAUGAUGAGCUGGAGGCCAUGGUGAAGGAAGCCAGCGGCCCAAUCAACUUCACCGUCUUCCUGACCAUGUUCGGCGAGAAGCUGAAGGGCGCUGAUCCUGAGGAUGUUAUCGUCAGCGCUUUUAAGGUCCUGGACCCCGAGGCCACUGGUGCCAUCAAGAAGGAAUUCCUUGAGGAGCUCUUGUCCACCCAGUGUGACAGGUUCACCGCUGAGGAGAUGAAAAACCUGUGGGGCGCAUUCCCCCCCGAUGUGGCUGGCAAUGUGGACUACAAGAACAUCUGCUAUGUCAUCACACACGGAGAGGACAAGGAGGAAUAAAUCUACGUCUCUCAAGAUCUCUACCACCGUUCAAACCCAUACUCGUGCCAUCACUCACUCACUUACUCACUCACUCCUGUCCAACACCUUGACUUCCUUGCACACAUUCACACCUAGGCCCACUCUUUCCACUCGCCGGCUUGAUAUGAAAAGACUUUGUGGAGAUGCUCAGCGAGGGGAUGGAGGGCCGUGGGGGUGUCUGUGUAUGAGUAGCAACAGGGGAAACAUGGGAUUAUUUUCAAUAAAAAUAAUCUUGUGACACUGAAACACUCUCCCUAUCUCUGUCCUUGCCUCUUGUUCCUCCUCCUUUUCCGCCAUCACUCAUUCUAUCCUGUUUUGAGGCCAACAGUGUAUGCAUCAUACCUACGUACAGCGUGUAUGCAUAUGCAUAUGCAGUCCAGUGUAUAUAGUGGUUGGUCAAAACGUCUCUUGGGUGCUAUGGUGCAUGCACAGUCACUCGCUUGAAACAAGUGAGAAGUCUGACCCAAGUGGUCUGUUAGUCUCAACCCUACACAGAGUGUCUGAUGGCUUUCUGCCUGUGCCUGUAUUGGAGAGGAGCUUAAAGUAAAAGAGUGGGAGUACUGUACUAUAAUAGCUUGCCUACUCCUCUCUUUCAUUCAAACUCUCACACUCUUACACAUGGGUAUGAAAGGAAAAGGUGGAGAGAAAAGAGGAAAGCAUUGUUUUUAUUUGAAUAUUGUAAAUAGAGAAAGAGAUGGUGAAAGAUGGUGAGAUGGGAAAAGAAAAGAGAUAAAUAAAAGUAAAAUAACUUUGUUUUGGACUUGUCUUUUCCCUCUCACCACUGUUUCUCUCCUGUUCUUGUGACUGUGUCUUUGUCACUGUAACUAAGAAAGAAGUACAAAUAAAAGCCAUCUUUCGUACCA